AACUGUCUGUGGGCCGGUGGAGGGAUGAAACAAGUGAAGGGGAUGUAGCAGGCAGGCUCACAUUAUUAACUCCACCUCACGCUCUCCACCUCGUCGGCUCCACUCCUCUCACUCCGCUGUAGCAUCCUCCUUUUAGCAGAAAAGGACGAGCGAUCCUGAGCGGCGCUGCACCCGAGCUUCAUGGCCGCGACCCUGGCGAUGAGCGGCGGCGGGCAGGAGGACCCAUUCUACCCGCUGCAGAAGGCGGCUCUGCCCGCAGGAUUCCCCCUGGAGGACUCGCUGUUGUUCGGCUUGGACUGCAAGAUCACAGAAACAGACAAGACUGGACACAAUGACUACGCACAGGCAAAGUUUGAGAUGGACAGGUACCUCUCCCCUCAGUCUCUACCACUUCAACCUCACUCGGAAAGCCAGCAGAAGAAUCAGAGAGACUGUGUGUCCGCGCUGGAUCAGUUCUUCACUGACAACCAUACAGGGACUCCCUACACCCUCAACAUGAAUCUUUACCUCCCCGACGCCGCCUACCUGAGGAUGGGCUUGUGUCAGCAGGUGCGGCCGCCUCAGCAGCAGAACCAUACAGGUCUCACCCAAAUCAAAACAGAAUCUGCCUCCCCGUGUUUCUCCCCCAACAUCCAGCUGCACUGCCCCAACACAACGCCCACCAGUAGCUGCAGCACAUCUGGGCAUGGCCCCGGCAGCAUUGCCAUGGAAACCUCAGCCAUAAACAUGACGCUAACAGGGUUACCGGACUUCACCAGUGUUUUUAACCAUGCGGGAGGCGGCCGCGGUGACGAGUCGGUGCCAGAAGUGUUCAUCAAACAGGAAAUGUCACCGCAGUUUGAACAGCACGCUCUCCACCACCAUGACAACAGCGGCUCACUGUUUCAGCUACUGAACUCCGGCUUGGACCAUCACCAUGGCAAUGGUAUGGAGGCUCAGCAUCAUCAUCAUCACCACCAUCAUCAUCAGCAGAUACAGCACACUUCCACAAUCCACACACCUUUCCAUGACAUGCCGGUAGCUUCUUCUGCGUCUCAACAAGAGCAGACAGCCAAGCCUGCGUAUUGCGGCUUGGGUGGCCGGGGGUACACACACCCCCACGCUCAGGCCCACCCCCACUUCCUCCAGCACCAGACGCCCUACCUGCCGCCCUCUCCCCCGAGCUCGGAGCCCGGCAGCCCUGACAGGCAGAAGGAGCUGCUCCACACCAUGUCCCCUCCUCCCUCAUAUGCAGCCACCAUCGCCUCCAAGUUGGCAGGCAGCCCCCCUGGGAUAGGCCCCGGCCCAGGACCAGGCAGCUUAGCCCUCCCCCUCACCACAGCUCCCACUCCGUCCCCAGGCCAAGCUUCAGGCGUUCCCCAAGUACCUGCAACAACCCCAACUCCAGCCCAGAACACCAUGUCUGCCCGCUACAACCGGAGGAACAACCCCGAUUUGGAGAAACGACGGAUCCAUCACUGUGAUUACCCAGGCUGCAAGAAGGUCUACACCAAGUCGUCCCAUCUGAAAGCCCACCUCAGGACCCACACGGGUGAGAAGCCGUACAGGUGCACGUGGGACAGCUGCGACUGGAGAUUCGCCCGAUCCGACGAGCUGACGCGCCAUUUCCGGAAGCACACGGGCGCCAAACCCUUCCAGUGCGCCGUCUGCUCGCGCUCCUUCUCCCGAUCCGACCACCUCGCUCUGCACAUGAAAAGACACCAGAACUAGCAGCGUUUACACACAUACACACACACACACACACACACACACACACACACACACACACACACACACACACACACACACACACACACAC